AUGAAUAAUCCACUGUUCAACGGGGGAGCCGGGAAUACGGCGGGUGUGGAUCCGCAGGAUGCGCAGGCUAUGGCUGCUGUUAAGGCUGGAGAGAGGGUUUUCGAGACGAGAGCAGGAUUUGGGAGAUGGUGUGGGGUAUGGCAAGAAUUGGCAGCAAAGAGGCAGUCCACGGAUGUCGAGGAGAAGAAACAGAGAGUAGAGAUGUUGAGAAACGGAAGCGAGUUACAAACAGUAAUGGAAUCAUGUCCCGGGAAAACAGCAAUGUCAGGCGUAAUGGGUUUCGCCCUCGGCGGCGCCUUCGGUCUCUUCAUGGCCUCUAUGCAAUACGACACCCCCCUCGCAACCAACCCCAACGCCCAAUCCAUCAUCUCCCUCCCGCUGCGCCAACAACUCAAACAAGGCUUCAAAGACAUGGGAUCACGCUCCUACAGUUCCGCCAAGAACUUCGGAAAGGUAGGCGCCAUCUUCGCGGGCACGGAAUGCUGUAUCGAAGGGUUCCGCGCGAAGAACGAUCUCGCGAAUGGCGUUAUGGCGGGGUGUAUUACGGGGGGUGUGUUGGCGGCGCCGGCGGGACCGCAGGCGGCGCUUGUGGGGUGUGCGGGUUUUGCGGCGUUUAGUGCGGCGAUUGAUAGUUAUAUGAGGAGGCCUAGUGAGAGUGAUUAG